AUGGCACCCAAGAAGAAGACCCAGCAAGGCGCAUCUAGCCGGCCAGCACCCUCGUCUGAACCGGCGAGACAGCCCCCCAACUGGCCUGCCUUCACUCCUCUCGUACCACAAGAGGACCUUGCCCUGCAGGAGGUGCUUCACAAGCAGAUCGUCACUAUCCCCAACUUCUUCACAGCGUCACUAUGCAAGACGUACGUUUCCUUCCUGUCGUCACUACCACUGACGACUACGCCCGGAAAGCCUAAGAAAGGUGAUGCGGUGCGCGUGAACGACCGCUACCAGAUUGAUGAUCCCGCAUUCGCUGAACGACUGUGGAGCCAGACCGGGCUAAGAAAGCUGGUCAGCGGAGAUGUUGAGGAAGGGGCGCUUGGUCUCAGUGUAGAACAGCGGAAGGACCUGUGGGGCGGCGAGGUGCUUGGCUUGAACCAGAAUAUUCGCAUCUACAGGUACUCCAAGGGCCAGUUCUUCGAUCAGCAUUAUGAUGAUUCCAAUAAUGUAAUGAUCCAGCCCUCUGGUUCCCAGCCGGUACCAGCGCGUACCACCUGGACCUUGUUAAUAUACCUCACCUCUCCAGCAACAGGCUGCAUGGGUGGAGAGACGGUGUUUUACCCAGACCUGCCAAGAAAGAAGAGUCGGGAUCCGCCACCUGAGCCCCUCGUUGUCGACCUUGAAGUUGGUCUUGCGCUACUGCACCGACAUGGCGCAGACUGCAUGCUGCACGAAGGACGUGAGGUCACCGGCGGCGAGAAAUGGGUCAUCAGGAGCGACUUGUGUGUCAAGCGAUGA